GAAGUGCCUCACUGAGCACCUCAAGCAGCCUCCAGCCGGCUGCCCGCCGCAUGUGCCGCUUGGAUACUGCCACGUCUGAUAUGUCCAGCAGUCCGAGCAGAGUGGCGGCUGCCCGCAUCGCUGCCUCCUUUUCCCUGGGCGCGCGCAUAGCAUCCACCAGCGCCUCAAUGCCGCCGGCCCGAACCACCCUGCCGACCCGCUGCAGUGUCAUGACCAGCACCCGCAGCAACACAACUGUUCUCAAUCAGCCCCUUCUGCUGCUGAACUGCCCUGAGCCUGGGCGACUACCAGCUGCAGCAUCUCUCGCCGCAUGGCCAUAUCGAGCACCAGCUCAGACCCAAUCUCCCGCAGCUUAAAGUUGUCUGAAUGCAGCGCCAAUUGUGCCAAGAAAUGACCCAUUUAGAGAAUCUGAAUGUCCAACGCCG